AUGGCAGACGAAAUUUUCAACUUUCUAGAUCUUACAAACUCCGCCAACUCUUUCGAAGAGUUUGAGGCUCUAUGGGUACAGAUGGGAAAAGAUCUUGAAAAUGAAGAUUCCCCCCCUUCUCCUCAAAGAACGGUCACAAUCAAACCUGUCGAUGCAAACACUUUUGAAAGUGCAUCAAAUGAAAGCAAGACAUUCAUUACAUUAGAACCAUCAACCCCCGUCGUCCCGCCGUCCUCAACACCCACGUACUCCCCUCCAGCUGAUGAAAACUGGCCACCAGUUGUUGUUGUUGAUGAAGAAACGGGCGAGGGAUCGUUUGAAAAUACAGAGGUGGAAAUUCAUCUCAACCUGGCAGAUAAAGAUAAUGCUCUGGAUUUUCUUCAGGAGGAAAGGUAUGUCAUCCACACCAAUGCCGACAAGUCUAUCAACAGGACCUCCAGGACCCGCAGAGAUAGCCGUUCAUCCGAAUUAGCCAGUGUCACUUCAACAGGGACCCCCACAGAUAGCCGUUCAUCCGAAUUCAUCAGUGUAACAGGGACCCCCACAGAUAGUCGUUUAUCCGAAUUCGUCAGUGUCACUCAACAGGAACCCCCAGGACCCCCACAGAUAGCCGUUCAUCCGAAUUCGUCAGUGUCACUACAACAGGGACCCCGAGGACCCCCACAGAUAGCCGUUCAUCCGAAUCCAUCAGUGUCACUACAACAGGAACCCCCACAGAAAGCCAUUCAUCCGAAUUCGUCAGUGUCACUACAACAGGAACCCCACAGAUAG